UUUUUCAAUUAGGCUUUAUCCCGGGUAUCGCCGUAACAGGAUCUGCUUCAGCGCUUUGGCGAGGCACAUUGCCUGCAGAAUAUACGGUUCAUCUCCACGAUAUCAUAAGAUAGCGUAUAUUAUUGAUCAAAGCCGUGGCCACGCAUUCAUUAUAGAUUCGAAGAUAUCGCUCCAGCGACGGAGGACCACGACGGGAUCGGCGAACAAGCAUUUCGACGACGAUAAGCUACAACAGCGGGCUGAACUUUUGGCGACGAAUUUGCUAUAAGUUUUGUGAGUCACGUAAAAAAAAAUUAAUUAAACCCCCUGGGCGGGGGGGAAGGAGCUAGACGCUGUCUUAUAACGUUCUAUGAUCGAUGAGAAUGGAGGACCACGAUCUGAAUUUCUCAGGACGCAUCGAUUAAAGUUUGACAUGCCGCCGUUAUGAGAUGAGAAACGGCGUUGUACGCUCGCAUGCUCGUGUAACGCAAUACGAUAAUGUAAUAAGCCUUUGAUAUGUCCAUAAUGAACGAUGAUAUACGAUAUAAUGACUUUAUAAAUAUUUCAUGACGAUCCACCGUAAAAUCGGAGCGCGAUUCUCGUGUGGGGAAAAGGUCGUUUUGUGUCAUUGUGCGAGAAACUGUUGGCAAUUUAACCAACUUUCACAAUGCUAUUCGUCGCGACAGUUUUGAUAAUCGCUUGAUAGUUUCGUUCAAUAAAGUACGAUCGCACGGAAAUAUUUUUGGCGACUUAGUGACGCUGUGGGACGUUUAUUUUUGCAUUUUUCCUCCAAAGUACGACGCACGUCUUCACGAGAGUGAAAAUCGAUGGAAGAAGCGGCGUGCGUGUAUAUAUAAAUAUUUUUUGACGGCCUAUCGAAAAUCGAAGGACGGUUUUCGUUUAAAACAGAGUGGUUUGUGUCAUUGUGCGCGUAACUGUGCAAUUUAACCACCUUCGAUAACACACUCGUUGUCUCGUCGGGAUAGUUUCGAUAAUCACGCGAUAAUUCCGUGUGAUAUAAAGUACGAUCGCGCGAAACACGUUUUGGCGAGUUGCAGACGGUGUGGGACAUUAAUGUUUGCACGUUGCGCAUUUUUCUUCGAAAGUGCGUCGCGCCGCGAGAGUGAAGAUCGAUCGAAGAAGCGGCGUGUGCGUCUUUAACGUUUCCCGCGAUAACGCGAAUCGCGACCCAGUCCGGGUGCGCUGACAAGGCGCGUAUAAAAUCGACGAUAGCGAGCUGGACAGCCGCCAGUCUUGCGAGAGCCGCGCGCGAGAGCGGACGUCGCUCGUUCCACGCCGAUGCGGUGCCACGUGAGGGAAAAGCCAGGAGGGAAACUCCGUUCGUCGCCGAAGUAGAAACAGCAUUUUCUUCCCGUUUCUUCCCUCCCGCUGUGGACUCACGUUAUCGCGACGAGCGACAGGAAUGGUGUGGAUUACGCCGGAAGUGCGACAGAAUUAACCAAGCGGGAUCGGCUCUCGGAGUACGUGGGAUCGUGCCUGAUGAUCGUGGCACUCCAUCGGAUUUAACUCUAUCGACGCGGGAAAUCGAUGUGCGCUGAUUUUCUGGCGAAUCUCCGGCGCAGGACGAAACGAAAAAAGAAAAAAAAAUCGAAAAACCGUGCGGACUGAAAUUGCAAAUUAAAAGUUUCGACGAGUGCGAGCCCGUUUGCCACUUCUAUUUGUUAUUUGUCGGACUAUAUUGCAAUAAUAAAAAGAAAUCAAUACACCGCCCGUAAACAACGACAAAUUCAGGACUUCAUUAACGAAAGAAAGUUACCGUGGGAAAUAAUUAAACAGCCACAACUGUGUAUCCGAGUGAAAUGUAACGAACGCGUUAAUUAAACGAAAACAGAGAUUGCAUGGCGAAGAAAUAAUGAAAUUGAAUGUUUCAUCGAAACUGUACUGCACGACAUUCAUAUUUAUCGCAUCGUUAAUUCGCUUUUACUAGAAUAGUUCGAGACCAUAUCGUAUCGCUUUGUCACCGCUCGAAUCGUCGCUUCUUUUUUACGCAGUCGAUUGAAGACGUUUGUCGUGCGGAGCAUCAAGAGGGCACGGAAGGAAGUUGGAGAAGAAUUUUCAAAGGGCGGAAGAUCAGUCGUGCCUAUUGUAGCGUCUCACGCGAGGCAUCCAGUGGAUGGUCUUAAAACAUUAACGCUAUUUGACCCUGAAGAUACUUCCGCGGAGGUGUGAACGCAGCUAUUACGAGAUUCCAGAAGAGGUCGAGCGUUUAGUGUUGCCGCGCUAGAUAGAGCUUCCAUUACGCCCGAGUCGAGACUAAUUCCUUACAAGCGGCUUCUUCCGCAAAAGACUUUCGCGAUCUUACCCGCGCGCACUUACUCCGCUGAAAGUUUCCCGCCCGGCGGCGACUCCUGCGAAAAUGCCAAGACUAGAAUCGCGGAAAUCCUGUUGUUCGUGAGGAACUUGGGAGUAUCUCGAGAGUGAAAUAUAAAAAUGUAUUUCACCGUGAAAAUAUAAAUCGCGUCGCACGAAAAUAUUCUCUCCGGAGCUGAGGGGGGGAAAGAAAUUCCGUAAAUUUUGCACGCACUAUCUUCAGAAUCUCCGCAAUAACGUUAUCAAGAAUAUUAUCCGGAUCGAGUGUCGAAAGAAGUAUCGAGGGGAUUCAGAAGCGCGUCAAAUGUUCAGCAAAGUCCUCAGGACUUCUUUCAAGAUAUAACCAUUGAUUUUUCGAUGAGAGUGUGGCAGAUUUAUCGGGAGAAAAAUCUGCAAUCGUAAGCUCCCCGAACUGGGAGGAAAUCUCGUCAUAGAUCGCGCGAUGCGUCGGACACGAAGGAGUUUCGAGAAGACAAGUGAGAAGUCCUGGGAAUCUUAGGCAACGGAGAAGAAGACGGAAGCCGAAGGAGAAUCACACGAAAGCGGAGGCGGAAGAGAGGAGGCAAUUGCGAAUAACAGGCAGAGGCGAGGAAACGCUCGAAGAAUGCCGUGGAUAAAGUGUUUGGGUGGCGGCGGCGGGAAGGCCAGGAGGGGCAAGCCACUCAGCGUCAGUCAACCGAUCCACCUGCUUGUCAAGAGUGACUUCGAACCCCAGUGUCACGUGUUCCGCACCAAGCAAUUGCGCAAACCACGACCAUGUCAUUUGUGCCACCAGGCGGUGAUCAAGCAAGCUUCCUGCUGCAGAGUGUGCAAAUACAUCUGCCAUAAGUCAUGCGAGGACAAGGGCGCGCGGUUCCGAGACACCUCGCAGCAAAUCCAUAAACAAUGGCAAGCCGAUCCAGCGAGGGCAUUUCCAACCGUCGGCGGUGUCACUGCAAAUUCGCCUUCGCCGGCAUCUGGAGAGCUCUCUACGCCAAAUUCCACUCCCAGCCCUAGCCCUAGUCCGACUAAUCAGCAAGUCACGCACAAUGGCGGCUACGAAUCACAACCGAAAAACGUUAACAACAUCGCGAGAAAUAAGCACCAAGUGCAGACAUCAGCAGUGGUGUCAACACCUGCGAGGACACCGGGUGUCGGCGCGGAUUCAACGAUGACGGGACCGGGAAAGGGCGGAGGUCGCGUGACGGAGGUGAUGGAGCUCUGUUACGUCACGGAGAGGAUCAUCGCCCUUUGGUAUAGAGAGGAUGCGCAGGGUGUCCUCGAACAUGCUACGACCCUCCUGCGCGGGAAACAUGCCGAUAAUUACAUGAUCUUUAAUUUGUCAUCGCCCGGCCGACCCGGCGAGCCGAAUACGAGGGAAGUUGGAUGGCCGCAGGGAUUAGCGCCAAGUUUGGAGAGACUGUGUGCUCUCUGCAAGGAGCUGGACUCCUGGCUAAACGGCGCUUCUAAUCGCGUCGUUGUUCUACACGCCAGGGGCAGCAAGGAGCGGCUGGGUGUGGCAGUGUCCGCUUAUAUGAACUACAGCAGCAUCUGCGGGGGACGCGAUCAAGCGUUGGACAGGUUCGCCAUGAGAAGGUUCCUCGACGACAAGAUCGGAUCGCUGCAGGUUCCAUCGCAUCGAAGGUACAUCGAGUACUUCAGCGGACUGCUGUCGGGCUCUCUGAGGAUCAGCCAGUCGCCAUUGUACCUGACCCACCUGACGGUCCUCGGAGUGCCGCUCUUCGAGCCGACGGGCUGUCGAGCCUUUCUUAAAGUAUACGAGGGUCUUACACCGGUUUAUACUUCGGAUCUGUAUUCGGUGACGAAUGCGCGCGAAUUUACUGUUAAUCUCGGCGGGCUCCGGCUGAGGGGUGACAUCUUGGUCAAGUGCUACCACAGGGUGUACUCGAAGCAGACUCGAGAAGUUAUGUUUUCCCUCCAGUUCCACACGUGCGUGAUUACGGAGAACGUCGUCUCCUUCCCGCGAUCGGAGCUCGACGUCGCCUGCGACGAUCCUCGGUGCCCGCCCGACAGCGUGGUGACACUCUACUUCGCCACCGACGCGAAACGUCAGGACGGCCCAGUCCCGGCGCCGACGCCCGCCGUGCCGCACGCAUCGGCGCAUCACGAUCCGAUUCUGCACUGGGACAGCUACACGAAUCUCGAAAUCAGCGACGACGAAGGCCGUGAGACACCGCUGUCACCACCGCCUCCCUCGAGCUCUUCGGUUCAGACUUCACCUCGUGGCCUGGGUUAUACCUGUGGUCCUAUAGAUGGAUCCUUGUACGCCGUGGUGCAUCAGAGCGCUGCAGGAGGCGCCCGCGGCUCGCCACUGACGGUUUCUAUGGACAGUGGCAUAAGUAGUGCACCACCACAGAGACCCAGCCCACCCGAACUCGAGCCGGAAAAUCAGGCUCACGGAGACCUCGAUAAACUUCUUCAUGAUAUGAUGCUUACUGUCGAGUCUAUGCCAGAUCCUCCGACAGAUGACUACAAUCGCGAUCGAGGUGAGAAGAUGUACAUCCAAGAACGCAGCUACAGCAGUCACGGCAGCAGCCAUCCAACGUCCACUUAUUCCACUUUGAAGGACUCCUACAGAAGUUACAGAGCUGGCAAAGAAUCGAGUCCGCCCUACAAUUCAAGCAGCAGCUACAGCACCCUGAAGAACGAGUACAGGGACUCGUCGAAGAGCAUCGAGCAUCGUGACUUCGAGUAUCGCAUGUCUCCGGAUCGGAAGAUAUCCGAAUCCUCCAACGACUCCUACAGGAAGCACGCGGACUCCUUCUCGCCGCCUGGCAACAUCGACUUCAUCGACGAGGACAUCCCGUAUCACGCCAGGCAGACCAGCCAGCCAUUCUCGUACGGCGCUACUACAGACAUGAUAAAGCAUCAGAAAUUGUCGUCGCCUUCGCUAGUGAGAAAGGCGACCGCGCGGGGUAUCGCGCCUGUCGUGGACUUCGAGGACAUCCUUGGCGAGAAUUCGAGAAGACCCAUCAGCCCCCUCAGUCCCAACACUCCGGAUCCGCCGCCGGAAUUCGCAAACGGGCCCGUGAAGAGUGGAUCUGAUCACAUCGAUGCUUUGUCGUGGCUGAGACAGCAGCAAUUGAAACUCGCCGCCAGGAGAGAUGAAAGGAGCCCCGGCAAGCUUUGGCGACAAGAGACCGGAAACCGUGUCAUCGGCGAGCUCAGGAGCUUGCAGAGAGGGAGAUUGAGACACGACGGUUACGCGAGCGAUUCGGCAGUUCUCGACGAUGAUGACGAUGGCUGGGGAGCAAGUUCUUUUUCUGGACAGCCGUCGUCGAGAGCUGUUCCGUACACCUCCGCACCAGCUAGUCCUCUACUUCCGCAGAGAUCGAGCAGCCGGAAGUAUAACGGCAAUGCCGGAAACGGUGUCCUCGGCAGACCGCGAGCGGAGAGUAUGAACGAGCGGCCGUUCGUAUCUGUAAAGCGUGCUUACGAGUAUCGCAAGUACAACGACAGUCAGAGCCCUCCGACAUCCCCUCGCUCAGCCUUAGCGGCCGCGCCACCCUUAGGGUUCGCGGCGAGCCAGCAAUUGAGUUCCAGUAACGUCGAAAGACCGCAACAACAUCAGCAACAGCCGCCGCGGCCGGAGUCGCGCAGCGACAGUUUCGUGCGCGCGGACGCAUUGCUGCGCGAGCAUCGCCACCAUCAGUUGCAACCAUCAGGUGUCAUCAAUAGCAACGACCAUCCCGAGCGGAAGCAGGUGGCCGUCGGUCAAGAAUACGCGGCGUCUGGGCGAAACGCGCGGUCCGACCCGAGGGGUCGCGUUGCUUAUCAGAGCGUCGGGAGUUACAGCUCGGCCAGCAGCAACGACCAGGUGGACGGCGGAUUGCUGGCGGUGGUCGAUCAGCCUGACCCUCUCGUGAGCCUCAUUCAGACUCUAGCCGAGAUCUCGCCGGUUCGCGCGUCCCCGAGCAUGACAAAAACCGAGGGCGAGCAUCCGGCCGGCAGCAAUGCGAUAGCAGCCGCUGUAAUAUCCGCCAGUGUGCCUAGCAACAAUGUCACUAAUCGCUCCCCUAACCAGUCGCCAAAAGCAUGGCAGAAUUGCACCCAGCCGCACAAUGACUCGGCGUCAUCGUGGACCGAGAGGAGCGUCAGCCCCGGGAGCGUGGUUGUCAGCGGUGCCUCGCGACCGCAGACGCCGGCGUUUCCGGUCCAUCCGCGGACGCCGUACGUCAAUAAUGCGUCGCCGACGGUGACGUUUGCCAGCGAUCGUACCUACGUGACGUCCAACAACAGCUACAAUGUCAGCAACAACAACAACAACGAGGCUGGCGGGAAUAAUAACAAUAACAUCGGGAACUACGGCGCCGAACGAACGAUAUAUAUCGAGGAACGAAGGGAAGCCUCGAAGGAGACGGGGCUUCCACCCAAGAGUCCGACAACACAGCGACGCUUGAGUUUCCCGGCAAGCGGGCCGCUUAAACAAACGCAUAACAAACGAUGGCCGCUCACUAACCAAUCGGCGUCGUUCGACUAUAGUAAGGACCGACCUGUUUCUCCUGUAAGCGAAUCGACGAUGCCGCAGGCUGUUUCGCGUAGCCCUGGUACACCGACCCACGUUGAAUUUGCCCAAAGCCCCAAGAGUGCUACGUCAUACACGUCGAUCAACAGCGGUGGCCAAUCCUCGCCGCAAGUUCAAUAUUAUAGCUCGAGACGUUCUAGCGUUCACUCCAACACCGAGCCCCAGGAGGUAGCCGAUGCUAAUGUAAAAUUCGUACGCGAUACCAGCAAAAUCUGGUACAAACCCAAUAUAUCGCGGGAGCAAGCAAUCUCGAUGCUGAAGGAUGCGACACCCGGCACAUUCGUCGUGCGAGACAGCAACUCGUUCCCAGGCGCCUUCGGUCUGGCAUUGAAAGUAGCUACGCCACCCCCUGGUGCGCCUAGCAGCCCACGAGACCCCUCGAGCGAGCUUGUUAGGCACUUUUUGAUCGAACCAACGUCGCGCGGCGUCAGACUAAAGGGAUGCGCGAACGAACCUGUCUUCAGCUCGCUGUCGGCAUUGGUUUAUCAGCACAGUUUGAUGGCCAUGGCAUUACCUUGCCAACUGCUGCUACCCGAGCCGGAAGCAGCUGCCAGAGCUCUGGACUCCCCCGGUACCAAUAGCACUCAGCAGCUUCUCGCUCAAGGAGCAGCUUGCAACGUUUUAUAUCUCUUUACAAUUGACACGGAGUCAUUGACUGGGCCACAGGCCAUCAAGAAAGCUAUCACCAAUCUAUUCGAGCAAAAACCUUUGCCGGUGGCCACAAUUGUUCACUUCAAAGUCUCCACGCAGGGCAUUACUUUGACUGACAAUGCGAGAAAGCUAUUCUUCCGUCGACAUUAUCCCACAAAUAACAUAAGUUAUUGCGGAUUGGACACCGAAGAACGCACGUGGGAGUUCACCAGCGAAGAUACCGGAAGAUCACUUAGCGCUCAUCGCUGCUUCGGCUUCGUGGCGAGAAAGCCCGCUCACAAGUCGGACAAUCAGUGCCACGUGUUUGCCGAGCUGGAGCCAGAGCAGCCUGCCACGGCAAUCGUAAAUUUCGUGAACAAAGUCAUGAUGGGAAGCUCCAUCGCCAAAGCCAACAUUGUUUAAGAAUUGCUACUCGCUCGCCACAAUCGCCAAGACUAACGGGCACAAACAUCAUCGCGAAUUUGUUGACGGUUUCGCCGUUUACGAUUCAUACUGACACAUAUCUGUAACGCAAAAAGAAAAAUGCAAAGUCCAAAUAAGAACGAAGAGACUGAGAAGUCUCGGGAUAACGGGCCGAAUGGUCGAUAUAAUCGAUUGAUGAAAUCGUUAUUCCGCUGACACGCUGAGGACACACGCGCGGAGGAUUCUUGUAAAGGAUCCGCUGGAAAUGGCUACGCGAAUUAAUCAUUAUCCAUUAACCGACUACUCGUAAUAAGUCUUCGUGCAUUUCGUAGCGUCGAGUCAGUAGAACAUUCAUGUUGCAAACAGUAGGAACGACAUAAUUAUCGAUAAUGCUGGGGAAAAAGUCGAGGAGCACUUUGGAAGAGAGGAACGAGGGGAACGAGAGGCGACACGUGAAUCGAUUCCAUCCUCGCGUCAAUAUGCAGUCGAGAUAAGAAAGUUGUUGUUAUGAUUAUCGUUACUGUUGUGAUUUAACGUAGCGAAUAGCAAAGAUAUAACGGAUGGUCAGGUAGGGUACGGUGGUAAAAUGACUGCACUGGAAAAAUUUUAUAUGUGUAAUAAAUUAAUUUGAUGUUAUUUAAAAAAUUAUUAUAAAAUGAUGACUAUUCUGCGCUCUUAUUAAUAACAAGUAUAAUUACAAUUCCGCGUGCACUUGCGAUUUAGUGGUUAUUCAAGCGUUUCAAGUCUCACACAGAUGCGUCUCGGCGAAAUAUUUAAAUAUGGUUUCCGCUCUCUUCCCUUUCUUCGCGUAAUUUAGUAUAUAUUUUACAGGAGAUUCUUUAGCAAACUUUCAAAUUUCCUGAUUUCGCCACCUGCCCCCACUUAUAAUACGAUCGAUCAGCCGCACGCAAACUUACCGAUAGCUCGUAGUCAUAGUUGAAGAGAAUCAACCGUGCUCUUCGCGCGAUCUACGAAGAGCACCGAGCAUUCGAAACGAGCGUAUCUCGCGCGUUCACUGAGUGCGCUUUCGAUUUCGGAGAGCACCUAUACAUUGCACGUAUAAAUAUGCAUACAUUUCCAUAUGCAUAACAUUACACACCACAUACACGUAACUAUCAACACUAAUAAUAACAAAAUCUGUGCUCGCGCUUUAAUAACAAUUUUCACUACGUGAUUUAGUCUUCAAAGAGCAUCUUUUAAUUCCGUUUUAUUAAAAAGAACGAUUUUAUUAUGGGAUUAAUAGUAAGAUGAAAAAUGAUAGAAAUUGCAUAAUUACAAAAUAAUAGGAAUCUGUAAUUAUUACAGUUGAAUUUUUCUAUUUCUAAUUUUUGAAGAAACACCCACGAUACGACUUAAAUAAGAAAUGGAUCCUUCAAUAACGCGCGAGCAUAUAUAAAUUCAUAUAUUAUCACGUUAUACUUGAGACUCUCGAGUAAUGUUUGACAGAGAAUGUUACGUCAUUUGCAGAGUAUAUACAUAUACAUAAACACGUACACGCAUGAAUAAAAUCCCCGUGUCAUGCUCCCUCGCGAGGUAUGAAAGAAUGACGAUUAUAAAUAACUGUAAAUACGCCACGAGACAGUGUCGCCUUAAAAGAAGGCCUCGAGGGGACACCUUGCGAGAGACCGUCGCGAGAUGAAUGACGACAGUCCGCGACUUGUGGAAGAAGCAAUGCUGACAGGAUCAGAUCGAGAGUCACACAGGCCGGGAUGAAUAACGCUAUUUGAGGAGUGUACACGUGACAAGGCAGUAUCGCGCGUAUUCUUUCGGUGAACCCAUAGAUUCUUGCCAUUUCGGGCUCGUGUACCGUCGAGAGCUCGCUUCCGAGGAGCGCGUCUCGACGGGCGCGACGAUGAGCAGUCAAUUAUUACGAUCGAAUCGAUUAUAUUGUAAUUACGACAAUAUGACGGCACGAAGGGACCGCCGGUGCCUGCAACGGCUGUGGCCCUCCCUUCGACGUCGUCGACUUCUUCGUUUACUUUCGCGGUCCCUUCUACUUUUGUCUUCCGAACGAAGGUCGGUCGAGGCUUCGGCGUUUCCACCGUUCUCUGCGAAUUCCUCCGCGAUCGAGAGAGGGAGGACCCGUAGUUACGCAAUGUGCUAGUCAAAAUUCGUACUGUAUAUUCGACGGUCAAGAAAUAGGCGUUAACAGUAACCUGGGGAGGCCUUUUCGGGUAUGCUUGGACCCUCAACGGCGGCGAGCGCGAGGUAUAUCGCUUCGCGCUACGACUCGACGUAGAGUGAGCGUAAUGCGCUUCGUUUUGUGGAUGAUGGGCUCGAAACGACACCUCGAAACACAUAGAGACGAUUGGGUGCCGCUGAAAGGAUUAAGGGCCCGCUUGAGAGAACCGACCGUGUCUUUUUUUUUUCUGCGUUCUUUCUUCUCUUCGUCGUCCGUCUGCCCUUUCUUCUCCGUCUAGAUUUCCUUUCGUACGCGCCCGAACCCGACUAACAGCGUAACAUUAAUUUAACAUUCAGUCAUUAUAAUUAUUAUUAAUAUUAUUAUACUUGUUUACGCUCUAUUAUAUUCUGUGUACGUUUGCGCAAUAAUUGUAUCAUUGCGUGCCGCAUGGGUACGCGCGUAUAGUUGUAACAAUAAUAAAUCAUAUUCACAGCG